GAAAAAACUCCGCUAGAUGGCAGUUCAAUCGUCGUUCCAAUCUGCUACAAUUCAUUUUAUACUCACAUUGGAAGCUAUUCGUUCCAUUCAUUCCAUGCGACCGAAAUGACAGCUGGAAACCGUGGUUCUCUGUGAACAUUGACAAGUGCUUUGGUUUAGUAACAAAAACACUGUCAAUCUACUCGGAUAAUAGACCAAUUCUCGCCAAUAAACACAAACAAUUUAAGAGUAUAGUAUUACAUUUGGUGCCUCUUUCUUGUGUUUUUGUUUCGUAUGGGUCAUCCGAAAUAGUGAUUUCUAGUGCCGAUUAAGUGGAACAACUGGAUGACAAUGCCUUUGUUUUGAUGUUGUAUGUGCACCGUUUCGGAAUAAGUGCAAAUAAGACGAAAUGGUGAGAGUAUUUUCAAUUUAUCAAUUCGAUGGCCAGAGCAUCCAUCGAAUUCCGGGCGAUAUUCGAUCGGCGACUCUAAUUGAUCCAAAUCAUUUGGCAUUGGCCAAAUCGGAUCAUGUCAUCGAAAUAGUUUCGCUGCAAAAUGGCCAUUUUGAUCAACAAAAUCGUGACGAUUCUGCCGAUGAGAACAACAUUCAAACCAAGUAUGCAUUCCCAACUGUUGACGAAGUGGUCGAUAUGGUUUACUGCAAAAUUGGUAACUUCAUCGCGACAGUAGAACGAAAGUCAUCCAAUUCUGGCGUUGAACACUCAUUUUGUCGUGUUUACACGAACUGGGCAAAUUGCAACAGUGCAACCAGCGACAGCACAGAUAAUAUCAAUUUGAUGACAUGCAACGUUACAAUACGUGCACGAAUCGCCGGUCGCGUGACACCGUCAACCAACAAUGUGAACUGUUUGGAAGUGAUUGAAAUUCCAACUAUCGUUCGUAGCUGUGCUCAAAGCCAAGGCAAUCAGCCAUACAAGAUAGCGGUGUGCCAACGCACUGGAACCAUAAUCUGUGCAAAGGAUCGAUUUCUGAAAUUCUACAAGUUUGACGAGUGUAUUAAUGAAAACACCCAUUUCAAAUACAUCGACUUUUUGGAAGUGCCAUUCGAAGUGGAACUGGAUUUUGUGCCGACACAAUUGAGUAUCAAUGAGCACAUCGUUGGCUGUGCAAACUCAGAGUACAUGUGUGUAUUCAAAAUUUCGGAGCAGAGCUAUUUCAACACGGCAAAUAGUUUGACCACAUCAUCGAGCCUGAGUGUAAUGGCGGCCAUGCCCAUUUGCUCGUAUGUGGAAAAUCCAAACGAUUCGAUUCUCGACUAUCAGAGCGUGUCAAAGAAGUUUUUGUCAUCGAUCACAUCGAAUAUUUCAUCAACGUUUGACUAUCAGUCGAUUGACAGUAACAGUGACAAAGGCAGAUUUUGCAGAGACAGAAGCAUCGAACUGAAACCAAACUAUGUCGACACUGGCAUUCCAAUGUGCAAUUUGAGACAUUUUGCGGCUGCAAAUGAUGAAGUGUACAAAGACUACAUGAUCCGAAUCCUAGUUCAAGUAAAACAACACGAUGCAAAUGAUCCAUUUCAAUGCCUGGUUUUAUCACCGAUUUACAGCCGCAGACAACGUGAAUUGGACACAUCCAAUGUGUUUCGAUCGCACAAUGGCAGCGCAUUUGUCGGUAUUUCCGUGCUACUUGCAACGGUUAACGAAGGAUAUUUGUAUCAAUUCAGCAAUAAUGAAAAAUGGACUUUAAACGAAAGUGAUAUGCAAACCAAUGGUUUGAUAGCAACGUACUCAUUUACGUCGCCCAUCAUAAAUGUUUGUGUAACUGAUUAUGUGAUUCAUGCGCUGACUGACCACGGAAUCGAAACGUAUACACAUUGUAUCGGGCAUAAGCUGUUCAACAACAUCUAUGAGUACAGCCUGAGUGAGGAUUUGUAUAAUGCAGAGACAUCACCCCGUGUCGAAGAGCAAAUCUGUUUAAUCGGCUUGCGGCCAUUUCUGGGUGUUCAGCGAAUGUUCCACACGCCAGAAAAUUUGAUUCUACUGGCACGAAGCUCGAAUUCACCGCCAAAUGAAAUCAAAUUCAAGACAAAAUCAAAAGAGAGGAAUCAAAAUGCAUCGGAGUCAACGUCAAGUUGGACACUGUACAGUCUGAAAAUGUCACCAGCCGACGUGCUUUAUAGGGAUUUCAUUGAAUUGGCUGCAAAUCACAAGACUGGCUUAACCGAAUUGAUAACCAGCCAAAAUUCCGACAAAGUGCGGAUUUACUCGCUGCUAUUGAGCGAAGGACAUGUGAUUCUACGAAUUGCUAAAGAGAUUUAUACCGGUGAAUCGAACGAUUUUUCGACAAGCCAUUUCAAGCGGAUUGACAGCUUAUUUCUUGACUCAUGCCAUCAAUUGGCGGAUUUUUAUGUGAUGUCACAAAAUCGAGAUCAGUAUUGUUUAGCGUAUCCAUACUAUAUAAUGGGCAAUUUGAAGAUUGAUCAAGUGUUUAGUCGCAUUUUAGCGCUUAUCGGAGACAUUCCACAGGAUUCAAAGUCGAUGGUUGGAGCUGUUCAUACUUUGAAGACUAUGAUUAUCAAAUCGACCGAAGGAAACGAAGAAGUGACUAAACGAUUGACAUCGACCCUCAAUUCGAGCACAAAUCAUUCGUUCGGAGAGAAAUUGUUGGAAUUUUUCGCAAAAUACGCACCUAACGAAAUUGCAGCAAUCGGAUUGAAUUCGACCAAUUUUCGUGAUGCUAUGAGCGCCAAGAUGUGCGAUACAAUUUUAAAAACGAAGGGCAGCGAUCAAUUAUCCAAAGAGGACAAAUUGAUACUAAUCCUGGAUACGAUUCGUUGCAAUCGAAAAGAUCAAGCGAUGCAAUGGUUGGAAAGCAUCAAUGCAAUUGAUUUGCACCGUUUACUCGUGUCGAAUUGGUCGACUCUCUUUGAAACGACCAAAGUAAAGCGAACCGGAAAGUCGAUCACAACCUUUUCCGAGCUAACGGAAUCGUAUCUGUUGCCGGCGAGUAUCACAAGCCAUGCGAUUCGAAGUGCUUUACUGGCAACAUUUCGAAAUUUAUUGAUCGACACGAAUGUUCUGAACAUUGAGCUGAUUUUGAAGUUGUUUAUGGAAUUUCUUGCGUCGAAUUUUGGCCAGAUCAGUUUGUACAUGAGCGUACAGUCGGUUUUGGAAAAUUUGUUGGAAGCAUAUUUCCACCGUUUAUACGUAGUCAGAAGAUACAGUGAUACUUUGAGCAGUGCCAGCCAUGAUGUGCACACUAAAAAUGGAGUCGAUCUUCAAUCAAAGUCUGGCAAUAACAACGACAGCCUUGGCAGCACUUCCAGUGAAAAUGUCACAGCUUCGAUUGGAUAUAACAGUACGAACAGCGGACAGAAGAUGAACGAUUCAAUUCAAUCCGAACACAAAGGAUCAUCCACAUUGAAUACCAAUGGCAUGAAUGAUUCUGGAAGAAAACACCCGUUUUGUGCGUCAUUCAAUGUUGAAGCACUGAAAAUUUUAACCCGCAUCUAUUUGAGCUCAUUGAAAGCGCACACCGUGGAAUUUGAGAUUAAGACUAAAGAAAAGUCAAUGUAUGUGAAGUAUGUGAAAUUUUUGCGCGAGAAUUUCAAUCGGCUUUAUGCACAUCACAUAUCACAAAACACAAACUAUGAUGGUAAGAGCUCGACCAUUGACGAGACAAAAUAUUGUGCAGACUCGAGCAACGACACCAAAAACGAACAACACGAUAUUCAAUUAACGAAAAUCCCAAUUUUGUUCUUACUACAACGACCAUCGUACUUGAACACGAUGCCACCGAUCGGUGAUUCUAAUGCAGAGGAAAACGGAACGAAUGCAAAGGACAGCGGGUUUGAUAAGAGCGAAAAAGGACGCAAAGCCAUCGGAGUUGUUUUGAAGUUGCAGUCAUUGCUUUCCAGCGGCAUACUAACACGAGACAUUCUGCAAGAAGUGUUGCACUUUAUCGAGUCAAACGUUCCAUUCUUUGCCGUUGACAGUUUUCUCACUCUGUUGAUGCCAUUCGAAAUGUGCAUCGACUAUCUCAUCGAGAUGCGGCCCGAGUAUCUGUUGGAGUACGCAAAGUGUGCUAGUACCGACGAACAGAAAUGGCAAUACGUUCUCACGCACAUCACAAUGCAAUUUGAUCGAAUCGCAAAAAAUCGCUCACAAUCGUUCUAUGAAACUUUGUUGAAAGAUCACUUGGAUUAUCUAGUGCACACAAAACGAUUGCCAGAAAUACUCAACAUUGUUCCGAUGAAGUGUUCUAACGAGGGCGAUCUUCAGAUGAUGUCCAAGGCAGAAGUAGAAACUGACAAUGGCAGCAAUGCAUUCCCUGAGAACAACAACAAUGCGAUAUUCACCGAUUUCUUAAAGUUGGCCAUCAACACCGAUCGCUCGGAGCGACUAAACGAAAUGAUAAAAACGACUGGAUUCCAGCUGUACAACACGUUCAUUGGUGGACACCAUCCCGACGCCGCCAAAUCUGCAGCUGAGAAUUAGUUCUCGACCGCUUUUGUGCUUUGUGUGUUUACUUAAACUGUUAAUCAUUCCUUUGGAUAAAUUUUAGUGAAUUUUUUCUAGUUUUUGCUCUAGCCAAGCACGUUCGUUUUGUUAACGAUUCUUUAAAAGUAUUAACGAUGAAUAUCAUACGUAUUUAUUUGUUAAGAUAUCUAGUCAAUUGUAUGAGGAGCACUUUACUCCAUUCGAUUAGGAAAAUUCACAUGUAGAAGCAUUUUCACUCGAGUUUUUCAGCAAUAAAAUGAUAUAUAGUAUCUAUUAAAUGGUUAA